UCUUUCUGUGUGUAAAAUCUGCGGAGGCGUUAAAAUAAGAAACAUAUAUUGUUUGAAUAUUUGGUCAGCAAUAUCUAUGCUUUAUAAAAUUACAUUCUUAAUUUUUUUAUGUUCUUUUAUUUUGUGUGCUCAUCUUAAAAAAAGAUCAAAACUUAAAAAUAUACAUCUCCUAUGUUAAGUGUGGAUCGGCUUCUGCUAUGGAAUCGAAAAAGGUAGAAUGGUUUGAAAUUACAGAACCUUGUACCAAAGAAGAAAUAUAUGUGAAUAUGUUUACUGGUGAAUGUGUAUGGCAUCCCCCACCUGGUGCUAUUAUAAAGAAAUCGGAUGACAAUCUCUGGUGGGAAAUUUUUGAUCCAAACUCAUCACGUUUCUACUAUUAUAAUUCUGCAAAUCAGAAGACGGUGUGGCAAAAACCUCAAAACAGUGAUGUAUUAUCUUUAUCAAAACUUCAGUCUCUUAAGCAAAACAUUAAUGAUUCAAAUCAUGGUGACACAAAAACAGAGUCUACAGCUACUCAGACAACUACUAAAAUAAGUGCAAGAAAUAUACAGAAGAAUCCUUUAUUUAGAAGGUGUGUUUCUACACAAACAACUCCAUCUGGAUCUAGUCCUAGAGAUGAAAAAAUUAGGCAUGGGUAUUCUUCGCUUUCUGAGCAUACACUUUCUGCUUACUCCUAUGAUUCUGGUUGCUCUGCUGAUUCAAGUAUGGCAUCCCAAAGUCAUAGCUCUUUGGAUAGCACAAAUUAUCAGUGCUACAGGAAGUUAGAAUUUUGUUCUGCGGAGAGUGUAGAUUCAACAUAUUAUCAUGAACAAAAUUUAAGUCAGCCUCAGGUAUCUUGGAAGGAAUCAAAUCAAUGGGGUAAACGAGUCCCUCGUGUUGAAUUUAAUGAUAUGUCUAGUUCAGGGACUGUGCAGAGGCCAAUGCUUGGUAAUUUAGUGCCUGUUUGGCAGCAGCAUUCAUUUGAAUGUUGGCAAGCACCUUCUCGAACUCCUCCUAAACAGCACAGUCUUGAUUUAUCAUCAUCAUCAUCGAGAAGGCAUAUACCUCAGCAAUUUUUUCACUCCAAAGGAAAGAACUGUAUAAAUUUCAAUAGUCCCACUGAUCAAAAGAGGAGAUCUACUCCACAGCAUUAUCGAAAGGUUCAUUCAAAAAAUUCAAUGUCCUUUGGAUUUGACCAAAUUAAACAUGCGUCUAGUUAUACAUUAGAAAACAAUACAUCUUAUCCACCAGAAACAGUUGGCACUCCACUUGCGAGCCGAAGGCAGUGGUUUGUUAAAAGUUCACGAAAAUCUGAUGGUAAUGCUGCUCGAAAAGCAGAAAGUAAUGCUUCUAGUCCGCAAAGUCCUUUAAUGCCUCUAGAAAACUUACAGUCAUUUAAAAGAAGCAAAAAUAAUGUUCAGGUUUCUAUUAAUAAAUAUGCAGAUCAUAAUUCAUCUGCAUACAAACAAUAUUCAUUGGAUCUACCAUUGCGUAGCUAUAAUAACUCUCGUAAUGUACAAUGCAAAGAUGAAAUGUAUAUUCCUGAGUUAAUAAUUCCCAUGCCACAGUCAGUUCAAGGCAAGACGAAGAUUUCUCCUGAUUUUAAAGUCGACACAUAUGAAAGAGAAAAAGCACUGUCACGUCAAAAGUACUAUAAUUCAUGCAAACAUAUCUACAGUCGCCAAAAUGAUCAUUCUAGCUUGUUAUGCACAACACCAGAUUUUAAUAUUCCUUGUUGUUAUCAAGUUGAAAACUACUUGUCUCCUUUACAACAGUAUCUUAUGGAGCAAGCAAAAAUUUCUGGUAAAUUUGGUGAUACAGGUGAUGACAAAGAUUCUUUUUCGCAAAGUGAUGAUGAAUCUGAUGGGCAGAGAGAUGAUGAGGGUCAUUUUGCUGAUGAUGAAGGAAUGAGUCAUCAUGAUUCUUCUUCUUUAGAGUAUCUGGACAAUUACAGAUUUGUUGAGGAAGAUUAUGAAGAACUUUUCUAUUCUCCUGUUCUUCGGUCAUCAUACAGAAAGGGGAAAUCUGAUCUCCAAAUUUCGGGUUCUAAAACUUACAAUGGUCAUGGAACAAAUGAUGCAUUAUCUUCAUCUCCAGUAUUUUCUCAAGUACCUUUGCAAUCUCGCUUGCCUUCUUAUUAUGAUACUUUUGGUGAGAAGACUGACGAACAAGUUGAUUAUGUUCUUGAAGAGUCUGAGGAAAGCAAAAGUUCUAAAGGUGAUAUACAGAAAUAUGCAGAAGAUAACUUAAAUCGUCAUACUAAGGGUAUUUUUCGUAAGAAGUUUUCUUUGCAGGAUAUGUUAUCAUGGUCUAAAGAUCCUAUUAGAAAACCAAUGAUUAUGACAACUGACAAAUCACUUAAGCGAGACGCUUGUGAAGUAUUUAAAUUGAUUCAAACUUAUAUGCUGGACCAUAAAGCUAAAAGUGGGCAAACAUAUGAAGCUGUUGUUCUUGAUAUAGCCACCAGAGGUUGGAGCAAACCAGCUUUAAGAGAUGAACUGUAUAUUCAGAUUUGCCGGCAAACUACUGAAAACCCCAAAAGGGAAAGUCUUGUCCUCGGAUGGGAAUUAAUGGCUGUUUGUUUGACAUUUUUUCCCCCAUCCAUUAAAUUUCAGCCAUAUCUUGAAGGAUACAUAAAGAAACAUCAAAGCAGUAGCUUAGAUCCUCCUGAUUUGAAAAUAAGCCAGUACGCUUUAGUUUGUGGGAAAAGAUUAGAACAAAUUUCUCAUAAAGGUGCUGCCCGAAGCUUGAGAAAGCCAACUGUUGAAGAAAUUGAACAAUCUAGAGUUCAGAUUUUUCGGCCUUCAAUGUUUGGUAACAGCCUUGAGGAAGUGAUGGCUUUGCAAAGAAAGAGAUAUCCUAAUUAUUGCCUUCCAUGGAUCCAAACCACAUUAUCCGAAGCAGUUCUACAGUUGAAUGGAGCACAAACUGAAGGAAUAUUCAGAGUACCUGGUGAUAUUGAUGAAAUUAAUGCAAUGAAAAUGAAAAUCGAUCAGUGGGAACUUAUAGAGUGUGAUGAUCCUCAUGUUCCAGCAUCUCUUCUAAAACAGUGGUACAGAGAAUUAUUUGAGCCUCUCAUACCUGCAGAAUAUUAUGAGGAAUGCAUUUUGUAUUGUAGUGAUCCCGAUGCGGCAAUAAGAAUUGUGAAGAAUUUACCAGAGCUGAACCGAUUGGUGUUUUCUUAUCUUAUUCGAUUUCUUCAAGUAUUUGCUGCAGAGGAGAAUUGUGCUGUUACAAAAAUGGAUGCAAAAAACCUAGCAAUGGUUAUGGCUCCAAACUGUUUACGUUGCACCUCUGAAGAUCCAUCUGUAAUAUUUGAAAAUACUCGUAAAGAAAUGGCAUUCAUUCAAACUCUCAUUCAACAUUUGAAUACAAAUUAUAUGGAAGGUAUUAUAUAAAGACAAUUUGAAAACACUUAUAGUGUUAUGUUAUUUGUUGAAUGAGUACUUGAAACAAAACAAAGUGUAUUUUAACAUGAAAAAAAAAAUUAGAAUUAUUGUAAUCAUGAGUGUUUCGAAAAUAUUAAGGAAAAUUUGCUCAGCAAAUAGUAAUGGUGCUAUUUCCCUUCACAUUUUCUCUUUUUCUGAUUUCUAGUAAUUAAGAUACAUAUAAAAAUUGUAUUAUUGUACUGGGAUCAAGAUAUAUAGGUGCUUAUAUAAUUCUUAUGGAACUUUGAAAUUUUUUAUAUUGCUUAAAUUAAACUUUUUGAAUUAAAGUACUUAUAACUUAAUAAUGUUUCCUUGUGGACGUGAAAGUGUCAAAGAAACAUUGAAUGUAUUUGAGAUUGUAUAUUAAGAUAGGGAUUAUACAAGGGGUGAUCAAAUGAAAAGGUACGAAACGACACAGUGGGUACAAAUGUAGACUUUAUUCAAAAUAUACACCAUAAGCCCGAGAACAACAAUCUCACUGAUGAACAAGCCGCAGGAUUCCUUAUUCCCAGAAUUCUUGUGGCUGUGACGAGACACAGUCCUUCUCAGCGUCCUUGAGUACGUCGUCCGAGUUGAAGCGCUUCCCUUUCAGGUGUUUCUUCAGUGGACCAAACACAUGGAAAUCGGGGGGCAACAUGUCCAGACUGUAGUGUGGAUGGUCCAACGUCUCCCACUUGAACUUGGCCAGUUCCAUGUGUGUGACUCUGGAGACAUGUGGACGAGCAUUAUCAUGGAGCAGAACCACACCCUCCUUGAGCAGCCCCGAUCUUUUGUUCUUGAUGGACCUGCGGGCUCAGAGUGUCAACAUCGGAGUUAAUGGUUUUUCUGUGCUCGAGGAAUUCCACAAGUAGUGGACCUGACGGCACGGCUUUGAACUUUUUAGGGGGAAGAGACGACGCAUGCUUCCACUGCAUGUUGUCCCACUUUAUCUCUGACUCAUAGUGAUGGCACCAGGUCUCAUCACCUAUGACGAUCCGCUCCAUGAAAGCAGGCUCUUCCUGAUACCAAAACAGAUGUUGAUACCUUUUGCUGGUUGGUGAGCUGCUUCGGAACCCAAGCGGCACACACCUUCCGAUAUCGCAACCUGUCAUGAACAAUUUGUCCACACGGUUCCAUAGCUGACAUCCACCUUCACCACCAACAUUCGCAAUGUGACACGCCGAUCACUUCUCACUAGGUCCUCCACCUUGUCGAGGAGAUCGCUCGUGGUGACAGUUUUUGCCUGGCCUGGUUUCGGGUCAUCACCCACACUCUCACGGCCUGCACGAAAAAGGGCACUCCAUUUUCUGACAGACUUGUCAGAGACACACUUCUCCCCAUAAACUGUCACCAUCCAGCGAUGAAUAGCUGCCAGUUUCUUACCUUCCACUGUCAGAAAUCGGAUAACACCUCGCUGCUCCUCACUCGUUGAAUUUUGCAACGCGAAUGCCAUCGUGUCCUCAUACGGACUGCUGCAUCAUAUGGACGCCGCUUUUGAUAAGAGCCCCUGCUCUCUCCUGCUCAUGCGGGUGACUGCGUAUGCUCCGAUCCCAGUCAGAGACUCCUAUCGCAUCCCGAGAUGUCUUGCUACGUUCUCCCAUGGCGGAAUAUGCAAAUAUUUAGCUGUUACGUUUUUACAUCGUUUCGUACCUUUUCAUUUGAUCAUCCCUUGUAGUAUAGAUAAAUUUACUUAUACUGAAAUGCUUUAGAAAUUAAUACUUACCAGAUUUUAAUCUCAUUCUAAGGUUUAUGAUAUUGACUUUUUUCAUAUUGGCAGCAUUUGAAAGUAAAACAAAACUGAAAUAUGAAAGGUAAACCGAAUUUCUGUUUAUCCAAAAACAAAACAGUAACCUUCUCUUAAAAUAUAUUUUAAUAUAUUUUAUUAUUUUUAAUGUGCAUUUGCGCUUUUAUACAUGAGUGUAUUUGGUUUAGUUAAUGUUGUUUAUGUAUUGAAAAAUAUUGCAAUUUAGUUACUGGUAGUGUUAGUAUCCAAGAGCAUAUAUGUAUUGUUAUCAGUACAAAUUAAAGUGGAUUUUUGAACAAUCAUGUUGCAUCAAAAAAAUUUUGUAAGCCGUUGAAUUGUCUUAAAAUCUGUUAAUGUAGGUAUGUAGCUGCCUUUAAAAGCAAUUUCUAGUUGAAAUGUUAAAAUACUUUCUUAAAUUUUCUAUAAAAGCUUUUUAAAAUUUAAAGGAUUUCAAGUAGAAAUAGGCUCAAUGCAUAUCAAAAAGAAUCGUAAGUGUUUAUGUCACUAUAACAAAGCUAAAAUAAUUAGCAAAAAUUUUUUGGCUCCUGAAGGAGAGGAUAUGUCUGAUCACAGUCGAAAAUGGUAGUGUUUUAUUUAAAAUCUGUGCCAAACUAAAUCUGUUCUUUCAUCCCCCUGAUUUUUAAAUCAUAUUACUUGAUUUUGGUUAUGGCUUUGAGUUUGCUAUAUUAUUUGUGAUAAGCACAGCCAAUUCUUUUUUUAUUAUUUUGUGUUUUGGAUAUGUUUGAUAACACUCGGAAAUAAUAGCGUUUUAUUUAAAAUCUGUGCCAAACUAAAGCUUUUUUUUUUUCGUAAUUUAAAAUCGUAUUACUUAAUUUUGGUUUAUGGCUUUGAGUUUGCUAUAUUGUUUGGUGGCAAUUCUUUUUUUAUUUUCACUUUGGAAUUGAAUGGAAAUAUAAACCAAAUAUCUGAUGUGGACAACAUAUGACUUCCUUGUACAGCUUAUUGAAUAA